CUCCGUCUUGCUUUGCUAUCUACAUUUGAUUCGAUCAAGAAGUGCACACGGUGACGGUUUUUCUGCUUGUUCUGUUUUCAUUUCUUCAUGAUUCUGUGAUUAAUUUUAUUGUACUUAAUGUAGAAAGCGCCACUCAAAAUGUCGCUUGAAAUUCCGUUGAUGAGCACGGAUGAGGUGAUCGAGUUAGAUCCUGAACAAUUGCCAUCCGGAGAUGAAGUCUUGGGAAUAUUACAGCAGGAAAGAUCCCAACUUAAUGUUUGGAUCAAUGUCGCCCUUGCAUAUUAUAAACAAAAGAAGAUCGAUGACUUCCUCAAGAUAUUGGAAGCAUCCCGAGUGGAUGCCAAUAUUGACUACAGAGAUUUUGAGAGAGACCAAAUGCGAGCACUCGACAUGCUGGCUGCAUAUUAUGUACAGGAAGCAAACAAGGAGAAGUCUAAAGACAAAAAGAAAGAAUUGUUUACCAAAGCGACACUAUUGUACACAAUGGCAGAUAAAAUCAUUAUGUAUGAUCAGAACCACCUACUUGGCCGAGCCUACUUCUGUCUUCUUGAAGGUGACAAAAUGGAACAAGCCGAUGCUCAGUUUAACUUCGUACUAAACCAAUCACCGAACAAUGUUCCCUCUUUACUGGGCAAAGCGUGCAUAGCCUUCAACCGUAAGGAUUAUAGAGGAGCUCUAGCAUUUUAUAAGAAGGCGCUGAGAACAAACCCCGACAGCCCAGCCGCAUUGCGUUUAGGCAUGGGACAUUGUUUUAUGAAGUUAAAUAAUCAAGAAAAGGCGAGGAUGGCCUUUGAACGGGCCCUUCAAUUAGACCCGCAAUGUGUUGGCGCCCUGGUCGGUCUCUCCAUUCUCAAACUCAACUUACAAGAGAAUGAGUCAAACAAGAUGGCUGUCAUAAUGCUGUCAAAAGCAUAUGCCAUUGAUCCGAAGAACCCAAUGGUGUUGAAUCAUUUGGCAAACCAUUUCUUUUUUAAGAAGGACUACAGCAAAGUUCAGCACUUAGCGCUCCACGCGUUCCACAACACAGAAAAUGAAGCUAUGAGAGCGGAGAGUUGCCACCAUUUGGCACGGGCGUUCCAUGCUCAGGGCGACUGCGACCAGGCGUUCCAGUAUUACUACCAAGCCACGCAGUUCGCGCCGCCGAACUUCGUUCUGCCACAUUACGGGUUGGGACAGAUGUAUAUUUACAGAGGCGACACGGAAAAUGCUGCCCAAUGCUUCGAGAAAGUCUUAAAGGCUCAACCGGGUAAUUACGAGACGAUGAAGAUAUUGGGAUCACUAUACGCCAACUCGGCAUCCCAGUCCAAACGGGACAUAGCCAGGCAGCAUCUCAAGAAGGUCACGGAGCAGUUCCCGGACGAUGUCGAAGCGUGGAUUGAGUUGGCACAGAUUUUGGAACAGAAUGAUUUACAGGGCUCCCUAAACGCGUACAGCACAGCUAUGAAGAUACUGAAGGAGAAAGUGAACGCGGACAUACCUGCCGAGAUUCUGAACAACGUGGCAGCCCUACAUUAUCGACUGGGCAACCUCCAUGAGGCCAUGAAAUACCUUGAGGAGGCUUUGGAGAGGGAAAAAGCUGAUGCGGAAACACUAGAUGCCCAAUAUUACAAUUCAAUUGCAGUCACUACAAUGUACAACUUGGCUCGUCUCAACGAGGCUUUGUGUAUUUACAAUAAAGCCGAGAAACUCUACAAAGACAUCUUGAAGGAACAUCCCAAUUAUAUUGACUGCUAUCUAAGGUUAGGUUGUAUGGCCCGCGACAAGGGUCAAAUCUACGAAGCUUCCGAUUGGUUCAAGGAGGCCCUGAAAGUCAACACUGAACAUCCUGACACGUGGUCAUUGUUGGGCAACCUCCACCUUGCCCAACAGGAGUGGGGACCAGGGCAGAAGAAAUUCGAAAGGAUCAUACAGAAUUCUUCAACCAUUGAUGACGCAUACUCUUUGAUUGCACUAGGUAACGUUUGGCUACAGACGCUCCACCAGCCGUGUAGGGACAAGGAAAGGGAGAAACGACACCAGGAGAGGGCUUUGACGAUGUACAAACAGGUGUUGAGAACGGACCCCAAGAACAUAUGGGCCGCCAAUGGGAUAGGCUGCGUUUUGGCUCAUAAGGGCUGCGUGAACGAAGCUCGCGAUAUAUUCGCUCAGGUGCGCGAGGCGACCGCAGAUUUCCCGGACGUGUGGAUGAAUAUAGCUCACAUUUACGUAGAACAGAAGCAGUACAUCAAUGCUAUACAAAUGUACGAGAACUGCAUCCGCAAGUUCCGCAUGCACCACGACGUGGAGUGGCUGACGUGGGCGGCGCGCGCGCACGCGCUGGCGGGGCGCGCGGGCGCGGCGCGGGCGGCGCUGCUGCGCGCGCGCCGCGUGGCGCCGCACGACGCCGCGCUGCUGUACAACGCCGCGCUGGCGCUGCGCCGCCGCGCCGCCGCCGUGCUGCGCGCCGAGCGCGAGCACCUCGACGUGGUGCUGCGCGCCGUGCACGAGCUGCAGGUCUCGCACAGGUACUUCCUACGUCUAUCCUCAACGGAAGGCGCCGGCGAAAUGGCGGAAAGGGCACGAUACGAGCCCGCGGCCGCGGCGGCGGAGGCGAGGACGUGCGCCGACCUGCUCUCACAGGCGCAGUGGCACGUCGCGAGAGCGAGACGGCUGCACGAUGAGGAGGUCACCCUCAGGGACAGGCAGCGGGAGCAGAGGGAGGCCUUCCGAAAGCAACAGGAAGAGGAACGCCGCCGUCGCGAGGAACAACAACAGAAGAGUACCGUGGAGAUGUUGCAGAAACGUCAGGAAUACAUUGAGAAGACUAAGAACGCGUUGCUGUUCGCCGAUAUGCCGCCGGAGAACAAGCCCAAGGGCGGCCGCGGACGGAGACGGGACGAGUAUGUUAGUGACAGCAGCAGUGAGGGGGGCCAAGGGGGGGAAGAAGGGCGGGAGAAACCAAAAGGGGAGAAGAAGAAGCGCAAGCGGGAGAAGCAGAGCGGCCGCGGACGCCGCCCGCGCUCCGGGGACGACAGCGACCCGCCGCGCAAGCGGGGCCGGAAGAAAGAGAAAGGCAUCGGUCGUCGCGAAAAGGCCAAAGCGGCUGAAGAGAAGCUCAGUGCGAAACAACGCGCCAAAAUCGUCUCCAAAGAGACUAUUUCCACUUCAGAAUCUGAUUCGGACCAUUCGCGGAAAUCCCGUAGCCGAAGUCGUAGCGGGAGUAAUAGCGAUCGUAGCAGGAGUCGUAGCGGCAGCCGUAGCGGUCGUAGCAGAAGUCGUAGCGGCAGUGGUAGCCGUGAACGCCCGGCCAAAAAGGGAAGGAAAAGGAUUAUGUCUGCCUCGGAUAGCGACAACCCCGGUAAAAGCAAGUCUCGGUCAAGAUCGCGUUCAAAGAGCCGAUCGCGGUCGAAGAGCCGAUCACGUUCGAAGAGCCGUUCACGUUCGAAGAGCCGAUCACGUUCGAAGAGCCGUUCACGUUCGAAGAGCCGGUCGCGUUCAAAGAGCCGUUCACGUUCAAAGAGCCGUUCACGUUCAAAGAGCCAAUCGCGUUCUAAGAGCCGAUCACGUUCGAAGAGCCGAUCCCGCUCAAAGAGCCGAUCGCGUUCGAAGAGCCGGUCCCGCUCAAAGAGCGCGUCCAGAAGCCGCUCUCGGUCAAAGAGCCCGUCUAACAGCCGAUCUCGCUCAAACAGCCCAGCUAAAAGCAAGUCCCGGUCAAGAUCGCGGUCGAAGAGCGGAUCGCGUUCCCGUUCCCGAUCGGCAUCCUAAUCCGGAUGAACAUUCCGAACCAGAAAACCCGUUGUCAAGCUUGAAAAUUCCUUAUCGCGAGCGAAACCUAAGCUUGAAAAUCCGUUAUUGCGAGCGAAAACUAAGCUUGAAAAUCCGUUAUUGCGAGCGAAAAGUAAGC